AUGUCGUCUUCUCCGACUUGGGUGUUCGACUCCGAUCUGCUGGCUGCUGCCUAUCUGAUGACAGAAGCACCAUUUCUGCCGCGUGAGAGGCUCUUCAAGCAGCAACAUUACUUCCAGAACUUGACCAAGCACACCUACCUGAAAGGGCGCUUCGAUGUGAUCACCUCCGUUGCUAUCCCCCUUGCACUUGCUGCCUCCAGCAUGUUCAUGAUUGGGCGUGGAGUUUACAACAUGUCUCAUGGGAUUGGGAAAAAGGAGUGA